GGUUGAAGAAGUGCAAGAUUGUCUACAACCGUAACCACGUGGGGCAGUUCCCGAUCAAAAUACGUAAACAAACAAAUUUAAUGUUCACAUUUUUUCGAUAUUUACAAGUUUUUGUUGUUUCCCAUUCACAUGAUAUGAAUGCCAUUUGCAGAAGUUCUACAUUUUAUCCUGUAGCACGAACUCUGGUGCCUGAUGAUAAAUUGCCAUGGAACGUACAAUGGGAUCAGUACUCUCCACCAAACUAUACUCUGCGCCAUUUGCUUCGGCAAGAAAAUCCUCCUCGUUCAGUUCCUCCAUAUGCUGAUCCAGAUAUAUAUGAUGGCACUUUUAAACCAAAUUUCAAUCAGGUUGAUGGUGAUCUGGAUCGGCGUAGCUUUCAAAAAUAUGAGUGUGCUGUCAAAACCAAUUCUACUUCUUCUACGGAUGAUGUAAAAAUUCCACUUAAUCCUAUUGGUCGAACAGGCCUAGCAGGCAGAGGAAAUUUAGGAAGAUGGGGUCCUAACCACGCUGCAGAUGCAAUUCUUACUAGCUGGAUGAAAGGUUCUUUAGAAGAUCAUUGCGUAUCUGAUUCAGGUGCAAAAAAUGCAGAAUCAACUUUGAGAAUGGUUGUUAUUAAGCGUAAAGAUUGUGGAAAGUGGGCCAUUCCAGGAGGGUUUUUAAAUGCUGGUGAAGAUCCUGUCGUCGCUGCUAAGAGAGAAUUAUUUGAAGAAGCUGUCACCUUCGACGGAUUGAGCAAAGACAGAUUAGAAUUCAUGCAAAACUUCCUAAAUAAAGAGCCUGAAAUAAUUUACAAAGGCUAUGUGGACGAUCCCAGAAAUACGGACAAUGCUUGGAUUGAAACCACUGUUGUGCACUUCCAUGAUGAUUCUGGUAAGCUGCUUGAAAGUGCAAAACUGUCUGCUCGGGAUGAUGCUGCAGAUGUUGCUUGGAUUGACCCUUCUGCAAAAAGUGAAAUAUAUCCCCCACAUCUUGCAAUACUUAAGAUACUCAUGAAUCGGUUAUUAGGGAAGUGACUUUCAUGUGCAAAACACAUGUUCUCUUUGUUUCCAAAAUUUUUUUUAUACAUUAUAAAGUUUUUUGCACUUAAUAAAUUGUGUAUAAAAAAGUGAUGUAUUUCAUUGUAUAAAAGUAUAUUAAAAUGUUUGCUUAAAAGCU